AUGCAUCAAUCAAGACGAAAUUUUGAAAUGGUACUACAAGAAGUAUGUGUACAACAUUGUUCAGUAGAAACAAUGCGAUAUGUUCGUCAUGCUAAAGUUCUAUCACCAAUUCUCGAAAAUAAUGCUGCUAAUCAUUGCAAUACCUAUUACAAUGCUACUAAUAACAAUAACAAUGAUAAUAAUAAUAAUAACGAUGAUGAUUUUUUGCCAACCGGAAAAACGAUUAUCCACGAUGAUUCAAUCCGAUCACCAUCAUCACCAGUUGUAACAAAAAUAUCGGAUAAUUUUCAAAAUCAAAUUUUUCCACGGUUUAUUAAAUAA